GUGGAAUUAAAGUUUAAUAGCAAGUGUGGCGUUCUUCUACUGGAAUUGGGAGUCGUAUUUUCAAAAACCCUGAGAUCAAAAUACUGAAUUGUGGACUUUCAAUGGGCAGACAAAAUUUUUAACAAGCCAAAGUCGUUGUAACAAACUGAAUGUGGCGAGACACCGACACCCUAGUGAUAAUUUUGAGUGUGCUUCAAAAGUAGGGAAAACAGAGGGUAAAAGAUUCAAGAUUUUGCAAAGUUAGAUUGAACAUGGUUAAUACAGCAAUGGGGAUAGGAAACUAUCAGAACAUGAAUCUGAUACAGAAAAUAGAUUCAAACUUACGCUUGGAAAUAUGCACUUCUAAACAAGAACGUGAAGACUUUUAUAAAAGAGCUGGAGAAUCGUUUCAUCAAUCAACCAUAUCAUUACGGCAUCUACCCAAUGAUGAGAAAAGGAGAAAAUUUCUGCCAGCUUAUUUCAGAUACCUGCAUGAAAGUUCAUUGACAUCAGGAAAAGCAAUUUUAAUGGCUCUCAAAAAGCGAGAAAAUGUCAACGGCAAAGAAGUUUGGAAAAUUGUGUACAGUGGAAUCUACGUUUAUGACACAUCGCCUACUGACGAAUCAGAUAGUUCUGAAAUCAUGGAAAUUGAUAGAGAAGCAGCAGAAGAAAUAAUAAAGAGAGACAAAUGGCAUCAGAAGAACAUUGAUGGCCCGUUACGUGAAAUCGCAAAAAGUGCUGGCUCAGCUGCUUGGCUAUUAGCACGUCAAGCCACAACACCAGAGUACAAGCAACAAAAAUAUGGUCUUAAUUACAGCAGAAUCGCGGCAAAAAUUGCAUACGAAUUAGGCUUAAAGAUGCAUGCCGAUUCUGGCAAAGCACCAUUCAAAAUUCAACCGUUUGAAUAUGUCGCAUUUAACGAUACGUUCUCAGGUGGAUUUAAACUGAUGGAUAAAAUUGGCCUUUUCCCGAUUGCACAUUUGCAUUAUAAUUUCAAACCAGGGUUAAAGUGCUAUCACGAAUCAGAGGAGGGCACUGACAGAAGCCAGCAUUCAUGUUACUUUAUAAUGGUUGAUAAAAACAUUCAUCCGAAGCUGAAGCAAGCCUUGGAAAAGGGAUUUAAGGCUAAAUUGUGAACUUUUUCAGCUUGGAAAUAUAAU